AUGGCGUCUAAGAAAACGAUCAUACCCCAGGAGGGUACCGACUCCCAAGGAGUCGGAGAAUCCCUCCCCACGCCUUCGGGCGUGGGCUGCCCCACCGUAUCUGGGGGGGGCACUUACCGCCAGAGGGACGCAAGUCCCUCCCAACUGUCGACACGGUCGACAAGCCGAGGGUCACUGAUCCUCGCACCGACAUCCGACGAGGACAACGAUAGCCUUCCGGAGGUCAUCAUGACGGAGGAUGAUAAGAACGACGGGGGCAGUGUUCCCCGUAAACGAAAGGCACUGGAGGGGUCUGCACUAAGAUCGCGAGGCCCCAAAAUUAACACAGCUACGAGGGGCCGUCACGCUGGUCGGCGCACACAGACAUCGCCACCCAAGCCCGCCAGCAGCAUCGUUGACGAACAACUUGACGUUGUACGGACGUCUGUUGGGAAUGUACUGGAGGAAGCCGGUAAAUCCGGCAACCUCAAAGGCACAGUGUGGCGAUCCAUGAAGGAUGCCUGUCAGCACAUCUUAGAUGCAGCUGAUAAAAUAGAAAUGCACCAGGAGGAGUCGGCAGCAGUCAGAAUUCUGACUGCUGACAACAGAAGGAUGCGGGAGCAAUUGGCGCAGCUGGAGCAGGAGACGAGGGCUCUUCGAAAGGCCUAUGCCGAAAAAUCUACCGGGCCGUCCACCUCAGGACCAGUCACAAUGGCGGAAAUCAAGGACGUCCUUAAAGAGCUUGAGGUGUCCAUUGAGAGGAACCUGUUCCUCAAAAUAGGAGAAAUGGUGACGACCCGGUUGAAUGAAGCCGAAAAGAGGGGCAUACUCGCCCCAGAACCAAUUCUGCGCCCGCCACUGGCGGCUGACAGAAAGAAACAAAAAGCUGGGGAUCUAGAUGGCAGAGAGGGCAACACAGGGUCAACCCUCAUGCCACCUGCAAGACCCGGACCGGUGCCGCAAACCAGGGCCAAGGCCAAGGCCAAAACCAAAGCUCGGCCACGUGAGCCAACGCCAGGCCCCUCCCGAAUACCUCCCACUGAGGCGUCUCCGAACCCUGGAGGCACGGAGGUGUGGACAACGGUAGCCAGAAAGAAAAAAGGGAAAAGAAAAGGGAAGGGGAAACCAACCCAAGCCCCCAAAGCGGUAGCAAAACCGCCACCAAGGAAGGCGUUCACCCCACCGAAGUCAGCAGCGGUGGUGGUGACCCUGAAGCCGGAGUCCGAUAUGGACUAUAAAUCGAUAAUGGCCAAGGUCACCACCAUCAAACUGCCGUCCAUUGGGGUGGACCAUGUUUCGGUGCGCAGGAGUGCUACGGGGGCUCGGAUAAUAGAGGUUCCUGGAGCAGACAGCGGGGCCGCAGCGGACGCUCUUGCUGAGAAGGUCCGGGAAUUGAUAGGCAACGAAGCGGAGAUAUCUCGGCCGUAUAAAACGGCACAAGUCAAGGUCUCCGGCUUCGAUGAGGCAGUGACUCUGGAGGCCCUCAGAGAAGCUGCAGCUGCAGCUGGGAAAUGCCCACCGGGGCAAAUUAAGGUUGGCGCUAUCCGUAUGGCGCCAGACCAAACUGGGGCAGCCAUUUUAACCUGCCCUGUGGCGGCUGCCAACUCUCUCAUAGAGCUCGGACGCCUCCUGGUCGGAUGGUCGGCCGCCAAAGUCAAAGGGCUUGAAGCCCUGCCCAUGCGAUGCUUCCGCUGCAUGGGCAUGGGCCACACUAGGGCCCUCUGUCCAUCCCCGGUGGACAGAUCAUCGAUGUGCCACCGCUGCGGCAAAACGGGCCACACCACUGGUGAAUGCCAGGUCAAAGAGCCAUGGUGUGCAGUGUGCCAUGCCGCCAAACUGCCGCCAGGACAUGUCAUGGGGGGGAAAGCCUGCAACCCCCCUCGCAUAAGAGGCAAAUCGGCCCUGGCAACGACCGAGGCCUCGGAGGGCCGCACCAUGGAGCACUGA